CUCCUUCCUCAUAGCUCCUGGCUGCUCCCCAUUCCCGCCCCCAGCACUUGCCAGCUGUCCUAGAGAAGGAACAAAUGACAUUCACCGUGGUGUGCCCAGAUGUCCCUGGAACCUGUGACAUCACAUAAACACAUAGCGUCAGAGGCCACCUCCUCUUCCUCAUACCAGCCGAGCGUCGCUGGCUCUUCCAUUUCUCCUCCCAGGAACAACUUACCCAGAGGAACAGUGCUCCAGGACUACUCACGCCCUGCUUCCUGCCGUAUUACCCCACUGCACUGCCUCAUCCAUCUUUCAGGCCCUUUCUCGCUCCCGAGUUCCUCAGCAAGACAGCCUGCCCCUCUACAGUCCACGGGUCCUAGACCCCAGCCUGACAUUUGCCCUGUCUCAGGUCCCCUGGACUAUGGCUGCCCUAAUGCCUGAGCGCUUUUCUCCCUAACAAGCUGGCACUCACUGCUCCUUCAACCUGCCAACUUCACCCAGUCAUCAUGGCUGGCCCUCCACUCCACCCAGACCCCCCCCGCCCCCCCCGCCCCCCCCCCCCGCCCCCGGCACCUGUACUGCCACCCACGAGUCUGCUUGUGGCCGGGCUGGGCCCCUUCUCCCAGGCGUCUUACCAGAUUUCCCACUUAUCCUUGCUGGAGCUACUCAUCUGUUGAUGCCUCUUCCACCUCCCCUUUGCUGGCCCCUGCCUGUAUGCCCUCACUCAGGUGAUGCCUGCUGGCAACACUGUCCUCGUCCACAAAAGUUUUUCCAUCAUCUGCUCUGUUUUCCUCACCCUCUGUCUCGAGCGCCAGGGUCUCAGUCACCCGGACUGGUAUGGCCUAGUGGGCAGCUCCGUGGGACUCAUCAUCAUUGUGGGACCUGGACUAGGGAUACCUGAGGGGACGAAGGGCCUCUGCAUGGCUCUGAGCUAUGUGCUCGCUUUUCUGGGCGGCCUGGCACUAUCGCUGGGGCUUCCCCUCCUGCCUGCCAACAGUGCCUUCCUGUUCGGCUUGAUGGACCCGGUGGGCUGUGUACCAGGCUUUCUCCUUUCCCCUGCUGCCCAUUGAUCCUCUCCUCUGAGCUGGAGCUGUGUGAGGGCAGUGGUGAUCUUUGCUCUGGCCUUGUGUGUGAGCUAUUCGGUCACCAAGGUCCACCCUGCCCUGGUGUGCACUAUCCUGCACUCUGAGGAGGUGGUGGCCCCCGCGAUGCUGCAGUAUUGGGUGCUCUAUGAGACUGUGGCACUUUUUCAUUUAUUUUCUAUUUAUUUAUUAUUUUUAAAAAUAUGUUUUUAUUGA